GGCCCAGUUCCACGUGGAAUUCCCAUUUUUCCCCCCCAGGUACGAGGUGGCUCCGCGCUCCGACAGCGAGGAGAGCGGCUCCGAGGAGGAGGAGGAGGAGGAGGAAGAGGAGCAGCCCCAACCAACCCAACCGGCGCUGCCCGUGGAGGAGAAGAAGAAAAUUCCGGAUCCCGACAGCGACGACGUCUCGGAGGUGGACGCGCGACACAUCAUCGAGAACGCCAAGCAGGACGUGGAUGAUGAGUAUGGGGUGUCUCAGGCGCUGGCACGGGGACUCCAGUCCUACUACGCCGUGGCUCACGCCGUCACCGAGCGCGUGGACAAGCAGUCGGCCCUGAUGGUCAACGGUGUCCUCAAGCAGUACCAGAUCAAAGGCCUGGAAUGGUUGGUGUCCCUCUACAACAACAACCUCAACGGGAUCCUGGCCGACGAGAUGGGACUGGGGAAGACCAUCCAGACCAUCGCCCUCAUCACGUACCUCAUGGAGCACAAGAGGAUCAACGGCCCCUUCCUCAUCAUCGUCCCGCUCUCGACUUUGUCCAACUGGGCCUACGAGUUCGACAAGUGGGCUCCUUCCGUGGUCAAGGUCUCCUACAAGGUAAGUGCCAAAUUCCUUGGAUCCCAUUCCCUUGGAUUCAUCCAUUGCAUCCGCUGGAAGUACAUGAUCGUGGACGAAGGCCACCGCAUGAAGAACCACCACUGCAAGCUGACCCAGGUCCUCAACACCCACUACGUGGCCCCGCGACGGCUGCUCCUCACCGGGACCCCCCUCCAGAACAAACUCCCCGAGCUCUGGGCCCUCCUCAACUUUCUCCUCCCCACCAUCUUCAAGAGCUGCAGCACCUUCGAGCAGUGGUUCAACGCGCCCUUCGCCAUGACCGGGGAGAAGGUGCUGGAAAAGGGGAGGGUGGAGUACGUCAUCAAGUGCGACAUGUCGGCGCUGCAGCGCGUCCUCUACCGGCACAUGCAGGCCAAGGGUGUCCUCCUCACCGACGGCUCCGAGAAGGACAAGAAGGGGAAAGGUGGCACGAAGACGUUGAUGAACACCAUCAUGCAGCUGCGCAAGAUCUGCAACCACCCCUACAUGUUCCAGCACAUUGAGGAAUCCUUCUCGGAGCACUUGGGGUUCACGGGCGGGAUCGUGCAGGGGUUGGAUUUAUACCGUGCCUCCGGGAAGUUCGAGCUCCUGGACCGGAUCCUGCCCAAACUCCGGGCCACCAACCACAAGGUGCUGCUCUUCUGCCAGAUGACCUCCUUGAUGACCAUCAUGGAGGAUUAUUUUGCUUAUCGUGGCUUCAAAUACCUCAGGCUGGAUG